UGCAACUAUGAACUAUGAAAUCUGCUCGACAAUUUGGGCCUUCCGAUGAAACACUCUUUUUUAAAAGUUUGCCGUAUUGUUAUGAGCAGGUAUGCUAAUAAUUGUUUGUAGGUUGUGUUUUUGGAUUAUUUUGUUUAUAAAGGAGCAUUUUUGUGUAGAAUUGAGACAAAGCCAGAAAUUUCUACACUGUUUAUACUGUUGGGCUCUGUUUCCGUCAGCUUGGAGGCGAUGGGGAGAUUUUGUUAAGUAAGUAACCCCCUGUCAAAUUGUUAUGUUUGGUUACCUAGUAAAUGUUCAUUGGUCGUGUUUUGUCGAAAACAUGCAUUCGCUCCUGGGUAUCGUCGGAGAUAAAGACUUGCUUAGCCGCUCGACACUGUUCUGUCACAACAAACACAGCAGGAAUGGGCGAAAGACAGUCCCCUAUUGAUCUAGUCGGAGCUAUAAAAGCUACUUUGCCACCACUUAAGAUAACAUUUGAGAACGGCCCGGAUAGAGCUAACUUAGUAGCCAUAAACACGGGACAGACGUUGCAUAUCGAUUGUGCGGGACAGAUAUUAGGAAAACUUACUGGCGGACCGGUGGGUGACAGCAACUACACUCUACAACAAUUCCACUUUCACUGGGGAGACAAUGCACAGCACGGUUCAGAACAUAAAAUCGAGGGAGAAUUCUCCAGUGCAGAACUCCACUUCGUGUUUAAAAACGAGAAGUACGGUACAGUAGGCGAAGCCGCAAGCAAUGGAGAUGGACUAGCUGUAGCUGGUGUAAUGAUCAAAGAGUCGAAGGCUGCUAAAGAUAUUGUGCUGCCUGAACUAUUCGAGAUUGUUCCUCAGUUGAAAACGAACAAAGGUAGCAGUGGACUAAAAGAUACGUUGGAUCUAGCUUCUGCCCUGCCAGCCAAUAGAGCUUACUUUACUUACCUCGGUUCACUUACCACACCACAAUACAACGAAUGUGUCACGUGGAUUGUUUAUAAAGAUGAAGUAGAAGUCAGCUCAUGGCACAUGAACCAGCUCAGAGGAAUGAAGGAUACGGAGGGUUCAGAGAUUCUCAACAACUGGAGAGAAGUGCAAGACAUUGCGGGCAGACAGAUCAAACUAGUUUCAGAAUAGUUGUGUUUCAGUUAUUUAUUUUAUCCAGCCGUGUAUUUACAACUCUUUAUUAGGUGAAAUAUUUUAGUUUUUAUCUAAACUGUUAGUGAUUGUAGAAACUGAUACUCAUUAUUUUUUAUCAGCUGUCCAGUGUCCACGAACUAUCAUAAAAACUAGAGGAUUAUUUGAUUGACCGUUUCGAAUUGGGAAUAAUUUUAUGAAUUUGUUUGUCUUGAAUUGAUUAUGACUUUCUUGUUUGACAAUUUAUUUCAACCGGAUAGAUUUUCUAGAUUAUAAUCUCGAAUUAU